AUGGGCGUGGGGGGCAGCUUCUGGGACCUCCUGAAGCCGUACGCGCGGCAGGAGGGGCCGGGGUACCUCCGCGGCCGCCGCGUCGCCGUCGACCUCUCCUUCUGGAUCGUCUCCCACAGCACCGCCAUCCGGGCGCGCUCGCCCCACGCGCGCCGCCCCCACAUCCGCAACACCUUCUUCCGGACGCUCUCCCUCUUCGCCAAGAUGGGUGCUUUCCCGGUGUUCGUGGUGGACGGCGAGCCGUCGCCGCUCAAGUCGCAGGCCAGGGCCGCGCGCUUCUUCCGAGGCUCUGGGGUGGACCCGCCUGCGUCGUCCAGCGCGGAGGCGGAAGGGGACGCCAGUGCCCCGGCGCCGGUGAAGGCCAGAAAUGCUAUCUUCACGCGAUGCGUCAAGGACUGUGUGGAGUUGCUUAAAAAUCUUGGAAUGCCAGUAUUGUGGGCAAAGGGUGAAGCUGAAGCCCUUUGCGCUCAGUUGAACAAUGAGGGUGAAGUGGAUGCCUGCAUUACUUCAGACAGUGAUGCUUUUCUCUUUGGAGCUAAGACUGUCAUAAAAGUGAUGCGGUCGAAUUGUAAGGAACCUUUUGAGUGCUACAACAUAGCAGAUAUUGAGUCUGGGAUUGGAUUGAAGAGGAAACAAAUGGUAGCCAUGGCACUUCUUAUCGGCAGUGACCAUGAUUUGCAUGGCGUGCCUGGUUUUGGUGUUGAGACCGCACUUCGGUUUGUGCGGUUAUUUGAUGAAGAUCAGAUUUUAGAUAAAUUACAUGAAAUUGGUAAAGGAAUCUAUCCAUUCCUAGAAGGAUUUGACAAGGCCCAUGUUGAUGAUCUACCAUCACCAUCCACAAAGAGCCCACCAGUUGCGAGAUCGCCUCACUGCUCACACUGUGGUCACCCCGGUAGCAAGAAAAAUCACAGCAAGACUGGAUGCAAUUAUUGCUUGGUGGAUUCAUUAGAGUUCUGCAUGGAAAAACCAGCUGGUUUCAUAUGUGAAUGUCCUAGCUGUGAAAAGGCGCGUGAUCUGAAAGCACAGAGAAGACAUGAGAAUUGGCAAAUCAAGGUGUGCAAAAGAUUAGCUGCUGAGACAAAUUUCCCAAAUGAGGAGAUAAUUAAAUUGUAUCUAUGUGAUGACAAUUUGGAUAAAGAAAGUGGUGAUCGAAAGCUUGAGUGGACUGAUCCUAAAGUUGAUGAUUUGGUUGACUUGCUAACUUAUAUGCAGAACUGGGAACCGUCGUAUGUCCGACAGCACAUGCUCCCUAUGCUAUCAACUAUAUAUAUGCGCAAAAUGGCUUCAUCUCCGUGUAAAUCAUUGCUUCUCUGUGACCAAUAUGAGUUCCAUUCAAUUCAGCGCAUUAAGAUAAAACAUGGCCACCCUUACUACCUGGUCAAAUGGAAGAGGGCCACUGGUGGUAUUGUUUCUGGUGGUGCGUCUCACAAGAAGCCAGAAUUAGAUGGGGAGAGUCACGCUGAGGUGGUGGUUUUGGACGAUGACGAGGAGGAGGAAGAGGAGGAGGAGGCAACGGUGAAUAUUGAAUCUGCUGACUCGUUGGAUGAGCCAGAUCUGCCACAAGUACUCAGGGAUGAUGAUCAAGUAUUUCUAUUGACUGAUGAAGAUAUACAGCUCGUGAAUGCUGCAUUUCCUAAUGAAGCACGGCAGUUUCAGGAAGCACAGAGGCUCAAAGAAGCAAAAUCAAGAUCACGGAAAUCCAAGCUGAGCCAAGCAGAGAGCAUGCUGGAGACACCAAAGGGUCCAAGACCCAGCGGGGUUCAGCUCAGCAUCAAGGAGUUUUACCGGUCGAAGAAAGCGGCGGGAGACGAAGCCGGGAAGAAGCCGGUCAUCGAGGGCGAGACGUCUACGUCGAGAGCUGGCUCGAGAAAAUCACCACCGGUGGACCUGACAAAAAGGAUGCCCAAGUCCCUGCGACGACGCUUGCUCUUCGACUGA